GCUCGAAGACGGAGCUAACAAUAUGUUCGUACACUGGUUCCCCCGAUAAUGAAAUGCACGACGACAAAACGGCGUCGAGCGUGCGCGCGUGUUUGGCCCACGCGAGUGUGCGUGUCGCGUAACGCUGGUCGCUUACGUUUAUAUAAUGCCAAGAGCCGGGAAAGUGAGACCAUUGAAUCGUCGACUGUUAAAGAGACACGCGCACCUCGAACAUCAACGACAACAUGAAGAACAGUCGAAUCAAGUUCUGUCUGCCUGUGGUUCUCGCUAUCCUCGUGCUGGCCACUCUGCAUUCCAUUGAGUAUGUAGCUGCUGAAAGAGUUUGUCGUCCGGAGAACUGUUUCGAUUCCUCGAUGUGCGAACUCGUGCAGGCAGGUGGACAAUGCCCACAAUCGACUGACACGUGCUGCAGCGUAGUGAAAAAGGAGCACAGAACGCACUGCCACCAGCACGGAGGCGAAUGCAUGGACAGCUGCAACAAAGAAUUGCAAAACCUGGUUAGCGAUUGUCCAGCCGACAAAGUCUGUUGUACAUUAGUUUAAGGCAAUGUUUGUUCACCUUUUCCAACCUCACGGCAUAGUUUCACGGUGGAGUUUAAUGGAACAUUCCACCUUUGUAUUUGUAAUUUCAAACGCUGAGAGAGAAGGAUGCCUGGCUCGAUUAUUUAUAUUCAAAGCUAAUGCUUCUUUGUAGUAACAGUUUGAAAAGGUAUAGAUAAUAGAAAUUCGUCGGAUCUAUUGCCAAAGAUUCGCUAUUCGUUAGUUUAAGGGAACACAGAGAGCUAAGUUAACAUAAGCGAUUGCGACAAGCGGCUACGGCGUGUCCGUUCGCGAUGUUGCGUGUAAUAACGCGAACCCAGACAUGCUGCAUUUGUUUGCAGCACGGUGGAAAAGCCACUUAAUUGGUUUUACAAUUACAACGGUGCAUGCACGGGGCGAGGACUCGACGAACGAAUGAAAAAUCGAAUACCCCGCGAGAUAAUUACCAAGGCACGAGGGAUCCGUCACGAAUGUGAACUCGUCGACGAUAAAUAGCGCGAACGUACGCUGAAGACCUACAAAGAACGCCCCUGGAUGAAAUUCAGACGUAGAAUUAAAGUAGAAUGUAGAUGAAAUUCAAGCUCAAGCAAUUUUUGAUUAACACAAUUAGUAAUAAAUCAUUGCUUUUUUCAAGACUGGAACAUAAUUUGAAUCGUACAUACUUACGUCAUUGAAACACUUAUUCAACUACAUAAACAUCAUAUAUUUUGAUGUAUAUAGAGUAUACGAUGCUUAACACGGCUAGGAAUAUGUUUUUUUUUUUAUUUUUGCAAAUGAUACGUAAAAAUCCUUUACUUUAAAUAGAAAGAAUAAUUUUCUAAAAUAAAUUACGUUUGGAAUUCCUCAAUGCCUUGUAUGCCUUGUAAAUAGGACACUGCCACUCACGAGUAAGAGAAAAGAAAAUUACAGAGAUUUCAACGAGAACUUCGAUCAAAUGAAUUAAUAACUGAUAAAAUUGUUAUUAUAAAAACGCAAUUUAUGAGCUAAAGAACACUCGUCAGGGGCAUUCUUUACAGUUCCUCGCGGUAAACCUGCCACUCGAGCGAUGGAUUUAUUGUAACGAAAGAAUGUGUGCGAGAAUGCGUUGCGUUAAAUGUUGCACGCCUACGUGGCGAAUAUGUAUUUAUAAUAAAAUAUGUGUGCUCAGGAAUUCUGAAUUUAUUGCUCGA